ACAGCAGUUCCCCCAACUCGGACAACAAAUCACAACCACUGAAUGUCGGGUCAGUCUGUUCAGGUCUUCAUCUAGGGACAUGGAGACUUCGCUGAACAGUGACCCUUGGGUUGCUGGUUCCUGUCCGACUGCGGAAUCUGGGACAAGUAACGCUGCAGAGAGAUAUCAGAGCCCCCAGACUGACCUACCCAUUGGAGCAGGAUCCGCCUCAGCGACUCAGAUGGGAAGACACAAAUCAUUGGGUUUUGUGCAGAUUGUGUUGGGAGUAUUUUUUAUAAUCUGCUGGACGCCAUUAAUUCUGCGACCUGUGUCAAUGGAAGGGAAAUACAGAAUCCAGUGGUGGAUCGGCCUGUCAUUUGUACUUUGUGGGUUUAUAUGGCAUACUGUGGAAAAGACAAUAUCUACUGUUCGGUUUGUGGCUUACCUGAUCAUGAAUACAGUCAGUGCCCUUAUUGCUGUCGCAAGUGUCAUCCACGUUUCCAUGAACCUGCACGUUUGGACAACAGAUAUUGUCUGCUAUUCAGGAAAUGUUUGUGAUUCUUGGUCCAUUGCUUUGGCUAGGUAUCGCUUAGGCCUCGUCAUCGCCCUCUUCCUCCUUGCAUUUCUGGAACUCGUCAUAUCGAUUGUCAUUUUAAUUUUUGGAUGCUCCAUAAUAAGCAACAAAUUGAAGACACAGGACAAUAAGCCUCGAAGUAAAUCUACUGAUCAGGAGAGCACCUCUCAAAUGCCAACACAUCAGGACACCAUCUACAGCAAUGUAAUGUCUCAAACAACUUUAUAGCAUGGAUUCCCAUUGUGCAAUAGGACUUGAAAAGGAAGCCAGAUUGUCACCAGAACAGGUCUGAGAAGUUUCCGGAUAUAUUUGAAUAUAUGUUGAGAUAGGCUCGAUAAAGAUAAUGCUCUCAAACUGUUGCUUUUGAUAUGUUGAGCUUUUAUAUUUGUAAAAUAGGUAUAUUAAAAUUAAAAUGCUGGAUGCAAUUUGUUCAAUGAGGUAAGUGUAAGUAAGAGGAAUUGUCAGGCCUGUAACUCUCUAUGCAGGCUUACCUCUUUAUUAAACCAGACCAUUGAGAGCAAUCAGCUGUGUACAACUGCUGGAGUGUGGGGUUUCAGCAGAAAUUGGCAUUGCCUGUGGAAAUGGACUAUCCAAUACUCUAUCAAAUUCAGCAUAUUUGCUAUGUGGUCUUUGUAAGCACUGGAGUUCCCAGUCAGCCAGUCUAUACAUUGUUCAUCUACAGUGCUAACUGCUCUCUCAUCUCGGAGUGCUGUUAAAUCUCUUCUCAUAUGUGUAGUGUUAUCAUAUUGCUGUUCCAUUCCAGCAGUCCAAAGCUGAAAAACCUCAAUGUCUGCCAUUCCUACGAUGAGACUUUUGUCCAGUUGUGCUGUUGUUCUUAAAUUAUUCCCAACAUAUUGAAAUUUGGUGUGAAUGAGAUCAUUAGAUGCCGCUCACAAUCCCUCAUAUCAUGGGACUAAUGCGCUAUGAAGUACUUUUAUAAAUUUUGUGUGUGCAUGUGUUUGUCUAUCUGUGCAGUGUUUCCAGUCACCAACAGAGAGAAAAAUUUGUGUGUGUGUGUGUGUGUGUGUGUGUGUGUAAAACACAUUUCCAUGAUUUGGAGAUGCCGGUGAUUGGCUGGGGUGUACAAAGUUUAAAAAGUCACACAACACCAGGUUAUAGUUAAUUGGAAGCACACUAGCUUUCGGAGCGACGCUCCUUCAUCAGGUGAUAGUGGAGGGCUCAAUUGUAACACAGAAUGUAUAGCAAAAAUUUACAGUGUGAUGUAACUGAAAUUAUACAUUGAGAAAUUGAUUAUCUGUUAAGCCUUUCAUCUGUUAGAAUACAGUAAUAGUUUCAUUUCUUUCAUGUGUAAAUCACAAAACCCUUUUUUUAAAAGUUGCAUUCUCGGGUUAGCUGUUAACAAUGGUGAUAGCUAGACAAUAUGUUGAAGGUGUUAUCCCCCUGUGUUCUCUGUCUAUGAUCUGAUGUUUAGAUUGAUUCUAAUCUAAAAAGUGCGAUACCAGAGUUUUACAUAAAUUCGUGCAGUUUUUGAGCAAAGUGCAAUUAACUCUGCAAGUACAAAUUCACCCCACAAAAUAUAUGUGUGCAUGUGGGUCUUUGUCUGUCUGUCUGUGUGUGUGUCUGGGAUGGGGGCUGUGAGUGUGAGAAAGUGUAUGUAUGUGUGUGUGUAUGUGUAGUGGGUGCAGAGUGUCUUAAGUCUGUGAGGGGGUGCAUGUGUGAGUGUGGAAGUGUGUGUCUAUAAGGGUGUGUAUGGGUGUCUGUGUGCACGUCAGUGUAUCUGUGUCCGUGUGUAUGUGAGAGUGUGUGUGUAUAGGAAUAUCUGUGUGUGUGUGUGGUGCAAUGGUGAUCACCUGUAAUGUGACAUGAACCCAAGGUCCCGGUUGAGGCCCUCCCUAUGGGUACCGAACUUAACUAUCAGCCUCUGCUCGGCCACUUUUCUCUGCUGCCUGUCCCGAAGUCCAUCUUGGAGGAUGGUCACCCGAAGGUCCGAGGCUGAAUGUCCUGGACCACUGAAGUGCUCCCCAACUGGGAGGGAACCCUCCUGUCUGUUGAUUGUUGUGCGGUGCCCAUUCAUCCGUUGUCGUAGCCUUUGCUCAGUUUCCCCAAUGUACCAUGCCUCCGGGCAUCCUUGCCUGCAAUGUAUAAGAUAGACAACAUUGGCUGAGUCACAUGAGGACCUGCCAUGUACAAGGUGGGAGGUGUUUCCACGCGUAAUAGUGGUAUCUAUGUCCACAAUCUGACAUUUCCAGCCUCCAACACGGGGGAUCGAGCUGUGACUGUGACUGUAACGAAGGGAGAUUGCUGUUGGUAGUAUGUGUGCUGUAAUUGACACUGCCCUGAGUUCAAAGUUAAAAAUCACACAACACCAGGUAAGAGACCAACAGCUUUAUCUGGAAGCACUCAUUCUCAGAGCGCUGCUCCUUCAUCAGGUGGUUGUGUAAACAUCUUGAAUUUAAACAUCUUUAACAUUUCCAGUCCUCAGCAGAGGGAGACCAUGGUUGUUUGUGUGUGUGUGUGUGUGUGUGUGUUAAAUAUUCACAGUCCCUGGGAUGGGGGGGGGGAACAUUCGUUUGUGUGUGUGUAUAUGCAUGUAAACCAUUUAACUCCCCAGCAGAGGGAGCUCGGGCUGUAUGUGUCUAAGUGUUUGGGAAUGGUAGUUGCAGAGUCCAGCAGAGGAAGAUUUGCUGUUGAUGGUGGGUGUGCAGUCAUGAUGUGGAGCAGCGCUCUGGAAACAGGUCUGAUUUCAAAUAGAUCUGUUGAACCGUAACCUGGUGCCGUGUGACUUCUGACUUUAUAAAGUGAUUGGCACUGCCCUGAGUGUAAACAUCUUUCAUACAAUUUGUGUCAAGCGGCUUCUUGCCAGCACGAAAUAUCGAUGAAAAAGUGGAACAGCCUUGAAAUAUCUUUAAACCUAUUCCUCAGAAUGAAGUGCAUUUGUUUAACCAUCUUAAGUUCAAUUCCAUCCGACACUUCAAU